CCCUGUCUGUCGCUCGCUCGGACACGCUGCUUCGUGUACGCGCGCUGCAGCCGCAGCUGCAACGAGGACCGUCGUCAAUCUCCGCCCGACCGUCCGUCCGUCCGUCUUGGUGGUGUUGCAGGUGUGAUUCGUUCUUUUGGCGCGUUCGGCGAUUGGUCGGAGGGUGCGCGCUCGAGCCCUAAUCGUCGAGCGUUUCGGAUCCGACUCAAAGGAGAAGGAGGAGGAGGAGGAGGAGGAGGUUGUUCGAAGGGAGGAAGUUUCUAGUAGCUUCGUGGGAUUCCAGCUGGAUUUCCUCCUCUCUUUCUGUGUGUGUCUCAUAGAUAUUACAAAGUGUAAGUGUGAUUAGCUAGGGACAAUUUACCAUUAAAAGGUUUUGGGAUCUCUCCUGAAUGGGGACCGGAGAAGAAAGCACAACUCCUAAGCCUUCCAAACCUACUUCUUCAACUCAGGAAAUACCAACUACACCAUCAUAUCCUGAUUGGUCAAGUCCUAUGCAGGCUUACUAUGGCCCUGGAGCCACACCACCGCCUUUUUUUGCUUCUACUGUUGCUUCUCCUGGCCCUCAUCCUUAUCUAUGGGGAAGCCAGCAUCCUUUGAUCCCACCAUAUGGCACGCCAGUGCCGUACCCUGCCAUAUAUCCUCCUUAUGCUCAUCCUAAUAUGGCUCCGACUCCAGUUGCAGCACAAACCAAUGUAGAACCAGAUGGGAAAGGUGCUGACGGAAGAGAUGGAGCUUCAGCUAAAAGAUCCAAAGGAACUUCUGGAAACAGCGGUUUGGUUGGUGAGAAGGCUGCAGAUGGUGUAAAGGCUACUUCAGGCUCAGGAAAUGAUGGGGCAUCCCAGAGUGCUGAUAGUGGUAGUGAGGGUUCAUCUGAUGGAAAUGAGGACAACAGCCAACAGGAAUUCGCUGCAGGUAAGAAAGGAAGCUUUGAUCAGAUGCUUGCAGAUGGAGCUAAUGCGCAAAAUAAUACGGCAAUAAUGCAAGCUUCUGUAACAGGGAAGCCUGUAGUCGCCACUCCUGCAACUAAUUUGAAUAUCGGAAUGGAUUUGUGGAAUGCAUCCUCUGCUAGUGGAGCUGCAAAGAUCAGGCCAAAUACUGGCGUUGCUUCAUCAGCUCUUGUCCCAACAGGAAUGAUGCCUGAUCAAUGGGUCCAAGAUGAACGUGAAUUAAAAAGGCAGAAAAGGAAGCAAUCUAACAGGGAGUCAGCUAGAAGGUCAAGACUACGAAAGCAGGCGGAGUGCGAAGAAUUACAGGCACGGGUGGAGACACUAAGCAAUGAGAAUCGCACUUUGAGAGAUGAGCUUCAUAGGCUUUCAGAGGAAUGCGAGAAACUUACAUCCGAGAACAGUGCUGUCAAGGAGGAAUUAACCCGAAUCUGCGGCCCUGAUGCAGUCGCUAAUCUUGAACACAACUCCACUUCAGUCCUUCAAUCACACGGAAGUGAGGAGAACAGUUGAAGGAGGAGAGAGUUUCUAUUGAGAAUAAUGAAACACAGAAUGCAGCAGAAAUAACAUCGACCUUGUCAAACUAUUCUAUUGACGACGGCGACUCAACACGGAUCUCCUUGGUCUCGCUAAUCUUAUACCCUUGACCCCUUUCUUUCUGUAACUGUAAUUCUAGUAUACAUAGUUUCUUCUUAAGUUUGAGCCAUAGUAGACAACAUGCACAUUGCUUGUAACACUAAUUGGCCAGAGCAGAUGAGGACGGAUCUGGAGGUUACAACACUAUCGCACUUUCGUUUUUUUCUUGUGAAGUGCUGCCAUCCAUAAUUCUUUGUAUCAUGAAGCAGUGUGAUCUCUUGCCCAAUUCUUUGUAUUCCUAUGAAUACUUGUCUCUUUCUUUUUCAAUUGGAGUUUUGUUUGGUCA